AUGAAGAAGUUGCUAGGUGGCAUCUUCGCACGCACGCAAUCGGCCGAGAGCGUCCGCGCUGCAUCGACACCUACUGCCGAUGUAGAGUCAUCCGUUGCACCCACUACAAAGCGGUGGGGCUUCCUGCUGCCCUCUGCGUCGCAUCCGCAGCCUCUUCCAGCUGACCAAGAAAUGCUAAAGAGCUUGGAUGCAGUGCUGCGAGGAGUAGCAGCACAUCUUAAGGCAGUGAUCACCGAAAUAUUGAAUGGAGAGGAGUUCAAUCAGGAGUUAAGAAACUUGAAGGAUUUUGUCGAGGAAGCGGUGGCCAAACUUAUGCAGCAGUCAGGUGAGCUGUCAUUGGAGUUGUUAAAGAGCUACUUUUCGUGUCCGAUGGGGCUUGCAUUGUGCGAACAGACAGCGUUUCCGUCAUUGGUGUUGGAUUUUGUGGCGAAGAUGCGAGUAUUUGCCAUGAAGGAAGAGCUAGUCAACAUGGUGAAACAGAACCAAGCUGGAAAACAGAGUGAAGAAACACUACCUACUUCAGCUCCAGCAUUAUUUCAAGAAAUGAUCCCGCCACUUCAACUGUUAAUGAACUGUGUGGUCGCUAUCGCUUCGAACGAGACAAUAAUGGAGAAAUUUCGGUGCGAACUGCCUAUCCUAAUUGCAUUGACGGCUGAGGAGUAUCCGCUGGCAGCAGUAUUUAUUCGUGCCUAUUGCAGUCGAGCGCUCCUGUCAGUGCAGGACCGAAAUUUUAACGCUGGACUCACGUGGUACUUGCUGGAUUGUGAUAUUAUUGCUAAAACAGUUGAACGGAUGACGAAUUACACUUUAGCCACACCUACCAAUCUCGAAACGGCGGAGCGGGCAAUGCAGGCAUAUCUGCAUUCGACCUCAGAGCGAUUCAUCCAAGCUAACAAAGUAAUUGGCAUCGAUGAUUCAGCGGCUGCAGCCGCUGUUAGCGAAGCCCUCGGGCUCACACGUGUCGUGGGACUUCCAAGUGAUCGUGGCGUAUCCACUACGACGCCGUCUUUGAAUGCUCCAGCAAAUGAGGAGUCAAGAGAGCGGGACCAGCCGACUUCGUCCGAGAUAUUUUGCCUACCCUCUUAUGAUGUACGAAGCGGGCUUAGAUCCCUCGUUUACGUUUGUGAGAAAACGUACCGCUUCACGCCUGUUCUAUUGGAAGCUUUUCAUACUGCUGGUGGAUACGCGUUAUUGUUGCGUCUUCUGGAUACAUGCACAGAAGAGGAGAUACCCGCUUUGCUCGAUAUGCUGACGCUGCUGAUGCCACUUGGUUCUCGUUCAUCAGAAAGCUGCGACGGUGUCAUUACAUUUGGCGCAAGAAAUAUUCACGCCUUCUCCUCUAUGCGGGACUUGCUGCUGAACUAUAUUAGUGACUUGACCGUCAGUACGUCGAAGCUGAGUACUGAAACUCUACGGCGGAACGAGCAUCUGAUUCUGCAAUUGCUCACUCAGAUUCUCCAUAUCUACACAAGUGAUUACGACAAUUUCGUAUUUCUCGAGCCCAAAACGCGAACGUUAGCGUUACUGUUGACCAAGUUACCACAUACCAACUUUUACGACGCCCAAGUGAUUAUACUGCGCAUCGUGGAGUAUGUUUGCUGUGCUGCAAAACCCGAAGAUCCCCUUCCUCACGAGAUUUUAUCCGUUGUGUGUGGAUUACUUAUUGCAUACAGCCCGCUUACUACUUAUCAAAGCAAAGAUGAAGCUGAAGGACCGAAUAAUCUCGAACUGUCAUCAAGGUGGAUUCCUGAAGCUUUGUUGAGAGCAUUCGAGGAAGGACCGAUGCCGACACUUUCGACUUUAAUGUGUGAAUGUUUGACAAAGAUCCUGCGAAAUGAAGAAGCGGACAGAUACAAGCAAGAGCUGAGCGCGUUUGGACUGAUGGAUCGCGGGAUUUACAUGUGGCUUGAUCAGAUUGCUGAGUGCUUGAGUGCUGUUCCAGAACCCGACACAUCGACUACACACAAGGUUCUGACGAGCUUGAAGCCUCACCUCGACAUGUACGGAACUUUACUUUGCUUGAUGCUGCGUCAUAAUUCCCAGGAAUGUACUCGAUUCAGACAAUCACGAAUACCUCAAUCAUUGUACACUAUUACCGAGGUACUGGUGUCGAGCGACGUCAUGGCCACCCCUUUCGAUAUUGCUCAUGAAGACCGCUCUCGCCUAAAAGAGUUCUCGCUUAUGACUACGUUUACGGAGUUAGCGGCAGCUUUACGAUAUUCAAGUGAACCUGAGAGCCAGCUGGCAAUGCUCCAUUCUGGGGUGGAAUCCGAUAUAAGCACCAUUUUAGACUUGUUGCAGCGUUUUCGCGGAGCAAUUUGGCGACAAUUGUUGCUACUGUAUACUUUGAUGGAUGUACUCAAGGUGGGUGGUUCAACGGUAGCGGCAUUAUGGAAAUCAUGUCAAGGUUACGAAAGGUUGGUUGCGCUGUUUUCAUCCCUUGACCUGACUGCGGAUAGUGCUUCGCACGAGCGUGUGUUCCGGAUAAUGGACCUCGUGCUGGAGUUAUUAAACGUCACGCUUGAUUCACAGCAUGGCAAUGACGAUAAUGUCGAGUACUUCAGGUCUAUUGAUGGGUAUGCUACGAUUGCGAGCUGCAUUAUCACGUCUGGCGUCAUGAAAACGACCAAGAGGAAAGCGCUUUUGCAAAGGAUAUUAGACCUCAUCGCAAGUGGCGUCUCGCAAACUGAAAUUCGCAAUGGGGAUGCGGUCCAGAUAGUGUUUCGAUUAUUGCCGACUGUGUCCGAUAGCGAUGCCAUCGACACAAUGACGAAGUUGAUUUCGAUGCUUGAAAUUGUAAAUGAUGGGAGUUCGAUUUCUAAGAAAGAGCGGACGAUAUGUUUAGUACGAGCUGGGGUGUUUCAAUGGAUGGAUGAUCCUGAUCUGAUACUGAAGCUCAAAAAUGCAGAGGACCCGUUGAAUCCGUAUCUGGUUAAGUGGUUAACGACAAUUGUGCUGGAAGAGGAUCUCUCAAUUCCGCACUUGCACGAUGUUCUUAAACUUGUGGGUAAAGCAAUGCCAAAGCUUUUAAGCAAUCUGUGCUGCUGUAAGGAGACAUCCGAAGAUACCACAUCGACUGAAAUCCCUGAGACUGGACUAUUAUUGCUGCAGAAUCUAUUGAGAAACCCAGCUAUCCGGAAUAUAUAUGUUGGAAAGCCACAAGGAUCUGGACAGACUGGACGAUACGUUCAUAUUGUGAACAGUACCGAACGAGUGUGGCCUCCGUCAUCGGGAUAUUCCUUCUCGUGUUGGCUUCGCUUCCCAGCUUUACCAGCACGCGAUGACAGUAAAAGCCCAACCUCGAAAACCACGACUAACUUAGCAAGGUUGACGGUAUCAGUUCCACUAUGUGAAGGGAACCUCACUUUGACUCCUGAUGACGACCAGGAGGAACGGAUGAGUGUGUAUGGUGUUUUAGUGGGUACAACCUUGACGCUUUUUACAUCAAAAGAAGCAUCUGCUCAUCACGAAAAUGCUACUGGAGAAUUAAAUGUGGCGAGUAUUGCUCGAAAGGGUCCACUAGAGUGGUCGUUUGUAUCGGAUACGCGAGUAAUUCUAGCAAGCUGCACUGAUGCAGAUACUAUGGAGAUGUGGUGGCGCGCCAUGGAACAGUGCAAUAGCGCGAGAAUGCCCGCUGGCCAAAGUUUAUCGACUAAUACGCUGCUUACUUCAUUUGGCGUACUGAGUGACGGCGAUCCUGGUGUGAACAAACCCGUGGAGGAUCCACAAAGUGGUUCAGAGGAAGGUUCCGCCUGUAUCGUCUCGAUUUACUCACUCGAGGCUUCUGGUUGUUUUAUCCGUGCUUUCUUCGAGCACUCGACAGGCUUCCUUCGCUUCCACACAGGGACUGUUAAUUCAGGACCCAGCAUGAACCCCAAUCCGAAGCGCACAUCAGUCGUUUUUGACGCAGUGGCGAUCGAGAAUCUACGACCUGCUGCCACUUCGAACGGUGGCAAUAGUAAUGAUGUUUGUGCUUCACACAUUGAGCAGACAGAACACAAGCGAGACUGGCACCACUUCGCGUUUACCCACCGAAAAUCCGUCGUGGGGAGUUCUCUGAUCACGGUAUACAUCGACGGACAGGAAAUAGCGACCAAGAAACUCAACUAUCCUUCAGCGCCCGCCAUUGGAUCAUUCCAAGCAUUUGUCGGUAGCGAUGCGCAAGUGUGCAGUCCUCAUUCCGCUUUAUCCUGGAAAAUCGGUCCAGCGUGGUUUACAGAUGAAGUGAUUCCGAGUGGUACAAUUGCGGGGAUCUUCUCGUUAGGUCCGACGUUUUCGCAUCAGUUCAGUGGUCACUCCUAUCGCUCAGUGGGGGACUGGCUGGAAGCCCUUGCAAGUUCACAUUUAGCUCGUGCGGCCGACCGUGGGAUCGAGAUUGCUCAAUUUGCUCAGCGAUUACAUCUUGCCAAGCUUGGACGCUCUUGCCAACGACAGUGGAGCGAUUGGAACGAGGCUCUUAACGUGACUCAAAGUGCAGCCAACGACGCAGUCGCUGCUGGUGCUGCAUUAAUUGCAGAAUCGAUGAUCGCUAAAAAGCAGGAAUUAGCUGAAGGAUUACGUUUCGCAACCGGAGGGGGAGGAUCCUCUCGAAAGGAGCGGAACAAGGUGGCUGCAUUCCGGAAUUUUGUGAGCUACGAGUGCGCGAUGAGUUCGUUUGGUGCUGAGAUUGAAGCUUUACUGCAGACGUGCAAGUUUUCUGAAGAAACCGUGUUGUUCACGUUAAACACAUCAUCCAGCGACCGGUCCAGCACACCAAUGUUGCUCCAUACUCAGGUUCAUUAUGUAAACUGUGACCAGUCCAGUGGCUUGGAUUUAGCUCGGUCGCUACCAUCAGUUGGAGGCCUCGGACUGGUUAUCUUCCCGCUGUUGGAUAAUGCGACUCGACACUGUGAUUUCUACCUGGUGCUGAAAAUGCUGGUAAACGUUCUACGACGCAAUCCGUCUUGCUUGGCUGAGUGCAUCGGGUGCAAUGGCUACAAUUUUAUCAUAGCACUGCUGUGCACAAGGGUGGAUUUGAUCGACGAAAAGAUGCUCACGUGUGUCGUGCGGCUAGCCGUGGCUGGGACAUUGGCCCCUUACGCAACUUCCGGUGGGGGGAGCACGCAACUAGCACAUCCAGUUGUGGUGGAUUCUGUCGCCCUAGCUCAAAUACUACUGAACGGUGAACUCCGCAAGAAAUUGCCGCAUCAUCUGCAGUGCCAGCUUGUGUCACUUUUAAUGGACUUGCUGGUGUCAGCAAACCCGAACGCAGUCUUUAACGCUCGCCAACUACGAAGAUCUGGUGUUUUCCAGUGGAUACUCACGUACUUGACAGAGCUUGGAAACGAGGAGUGCAAAAUGGAUGAAGCUACUGCGCUUGAGAUGAGAUGGUGUUUUCCAAAGUUCUCUGAGCCAACUUUUGAAGCGAUACUGCAGUAUGCUUUAUCCUUGCUACGAGCGCUUGUGCGCAUUGAAAGUCACGUGGACGACAUCAACGGAAUUGGCGAAAUUAUGCUGCUUUCCAUGACGAAUAGUGUCUUGCACACUAGAGAGAGCCCGAUUCGAGUCAUUUUGUUGCAGUUUGUGCUCCAUGAAAUCGAGAAUGAUGCGUCACAAAGUGAAAGCAGCGGUACUUCAGACGCAAAAGCACGAGGAUCCCGUCUCUCUGACACUAUCGCUGAAGCAAUUUUGUACCGUGAAGCUGCUCUCCCUGUACCCAAAAAGCGGGAUGACAAGCGCAUUGAAACUGGCAACAGCCUCGAGACUGCGUCUUUGGGGUCGCCAAUAAGUGACGGCUCGUUAAAGCUUGGAAAAUCGUUUUCCUCGAAAUACCCCGUUGACGGCUUUGCGAAUGUUCUUUUGGAGGUGAUUGAUCAAGGUCACGAUGAUGGUCCGUGGAUAUCUGCUGAAGUGCUGCUGGCGAUUCGGAUCCUGUUCUCAUUGGCUCAAUCUCACUCGAGUUUCGCUGAGCAUUUAUUAUGCCAGACUGUAUUGAUGCAGAAAUUGAAGCGAGUGCUGCGCAAGUACAGCACUGAUUGCUGUGUGUACAUUCCGCUGCUGGGGUAUGUUUCCAACAUCCCUAUUGGUGAUACAAGCUACUGCGACCCUGAUACGCUCUCCUUGAUUGGAGUAAGCCCAAAGAAAAUGCCCGCUGUACGAUGUAUUGAUCAAGUCUGGGAUUUAAUUGGAGAAUUACUGCUUCAAAACUGUAGACUGAUGAACAGCAGUGUCGCUACCGAUGUCACUGUGAUAGUGCUGGGAAUCAUCGCGUUUCAAGUGGAAACCAGCCCGUCGUUUUUCACAGCUGUGUGUAAGUCAAGUGGCACGUUGAUUCGAAUCCUAGCGCAAUGUCUUCUAAGUUGUCCAGUGACCAGCCCGACAACUAUCAACCAAAACCCAGAAGCUGGCGAUAUUUCGGUGAGCACCCCGGACUCUGUGUGCAGUUUGCUUCACCGACUAGCUGAGAUAAUGGGCUCUGAUCCAAGCGCUUCCACUUCUAUUACGAACGCCUGUGUGAACAUCACUCAAGUCAUCAUGAUCCGAUCUCUUUCAAGUGAUGAGUUUGGAUCUUUGAUGAUGCUCUUCUUGGAACUUUUCGAUGAAAAUAUUGUAAGGCAAGGUGGAUCGGUUCUAUCUCGUGUGGCUGGACAAAAAUGUUGGUUGGCGCUUCUCAAAUUCGUCCUAGAGAGACAGAAGGUUUUGACAAACACUACGACAUUGGUAACAAUGAAAAACUUGGGUACCGUUUGCGUUGCGCUCGCUCGGUAUAUGGGAGACGAGGAGAAUCAUCAUUUGAAAGAGUCUACAAAAGACGCCACCACUUCAGACAUUCAAGAAUCUAAUGCAGAAGAUCAUCAACGUAUUGACGCAUCCGCUACAGCUUGCUUUGGAGCGGACGUUCUCGCUUUUUUCUUAUCUUGCUGCGAGUUGUGCUCUCAAGCAGCGAUCGUGGAGGCAUUGGGCGUGGAGCAUCAACAGUUUUUCUAUGGAGUACUGAUUUACUGUGCGCAGACAGUGAUACUGAACGAGCUUGUAGGUACUCAUCGAGAUACGCUUACCUUCCAGAGGAUUCUGAAUUGUCUGGUAGAAUCCAAGAAUAUCCUUUUACAGCAACCAAAGUGGCAAGGCAUCGUCGUUUGUGACAUCACAAACGACACAGCCAGUGGUGUUGAGUCCAGUAGUACGCCAUCGGGACGUCAACCUCGCCGGGUGUACAGAGUUCGGAGUCUCAGUGCUAACUCUCACAAGGAGUUUGGCGUCGGUGCAGAAUCUGAUCGCAGUUUUAUUCUCGCUCUGGCAUCCCAACUCUAUCGAAUGCUGAUGGACGACUCGGCAGAAGUGCGUCACACUGCAAUUGUCAUGUGGCAGUUUAUAAUUGAUCAGCGCUUCGACGUGCUGAGAGAUCUUUUAAUUGCAGAGCCACGGACGUCUGUGUUGCAAACAAUCACAUCUACGAAGAAGGAGGCAGCUGUUGAUAUUUUUCAUGGCGGCUUUGAUCGACUUCUCUACGCGCUUCAUAUCUCAGAUGAAGGUGACGAUUGUAAAAGGGAUCAAGAUGUUGAUGUCUCGAUUAACCAAGAAAUUUGGUGCCAGUUCCAGCUCUGGCUGGCGGAGAAUAAUGAAUUACUGGAAGAUCUCAUCGUGGCAAGAACUGACUCGAUUCAGCGACAUAUGCUGGAAGUUUUGCUGUCGUGUAUCUGUCUCCGAAAGGUUCCAGUUGGCUCUGCGGGCACAGAGGUAAGUCUCGAUACCAACUUCCCGGUACGCCUUGAUAUCCAAAAGGAGGCGACUAAAAGCGACAUCUACGAUGACUUCGAAUCGGAUCGUUGCGAUAUUGUCGCGAAGAAGGCAGUAAUGAAGUACACGGGCAUUCGGGAUAGUGCGCUAGAAGCAAUCAACGACGGGUUAUCUCAAUGGCGCGAAGUUUCAUUGCGUUUAGCAUAUACUCGGAACAUUUGGCAGACAGGGAAAUGGCAGUUGAGUACGUCGGUGGCUGAUGAAGUGAGCCAGAUCCCCGAUUUGGAGCAACAAAAACGCAGUAUUUUCCAGCGAAAGUCACUUGGCUACAGCUUAGAUCCGACGGAGGGACCUCAACGGAUGCGACUCCGACUGGUUCGAGACUAUACGUAUAGAGAGAGAAUCUCUGCUGCACAGACAGAGACUAGUACUACUCAGCUAGCUGAUGACAAACCAAAAGAUGUAGACAACGCGUUGUGGCCUUCUAUUCUCCUGAUGAACACUGUGGAGAACCUAGACAACAAGCCAUUCCAACGAAGUAUGGAAUUCCACGAAGCUGUUGAAGUUUUCAGAGAGUUCGUGUACCAGCAGCAAACAGUAGAGGGAACAGAGGAUAACGCACAAGGGCUUCAAAGUAUUGUUACUCGCUGCAAAAUGGACUCGACGCGCCAGUUAUUCGGUAGUAUUAUGGAUGGCGCUGUAGAAUUGACAGUGCUCGCGGUUGCUCGGACACUGUAUAGCUCGUUUAUUGUGGAUGAUGAGGAUACGGAUGGAAAAGUGAGUAUGGGCGUGUCACCGUCUGUUAUAGCAGAUAUCGACCAAGUGAUAAACGACUCUGUUGAUGGGCAGUCGAUCCCCCCAACGCUUUUUGAUGCGGCGGAUGCUGAAGUGGCACAAUAUGCACUUAAUACCGUACGACAGGAGGAGAGUGUACAGUCGCUACGAGUAGAUUCAGCCAUGGUCUCGGGGAAUACUGAGCAUGAUGGGUCAGGCGAUGAGCUUGAAGGAGAAGCACCAGUUGGAUCCACACUCCCAUUUGAUGCGGCAGAAAGCGAUGACUCCGACGGCCACGAAGAAAUUAACGAGAGCGAACAGGCAGCUCCUCCAGAAGUGGCUAUCGAAAAGGACACUCGAGAUCCGGUCGAUGUUUCCACACUUGAGCCAAUGUCACCAAAGAUGGAUCAAACUAAGCGAGUAGAUACUUCAUCCGACGUUGUAUACGGUGCUAUCGCUCGCUUCCUUCGAAGAGACGACUAUCCUCCAAUGCGAAGUUUCAAUGCCGCGUACAUCGUUGGUAUGGGGAGAACUCCUGGUCUCUUGGUGAUCUGUCGCUUUGGAAUAUACUUCAUCAGUGGCUACACGAAGCUUUACAACGAUCCAGACGCUCAUGAAAGCAACACGUUACCAAUUACCUCGACAGAUACAAAUCCCCACUCGUCAAGUGAGUAUUUUCCUGGCCUACAACUAAGUUAUCAGAGCGGCAAGCAUACGAUCACCCCAACUGGAGGCAAGAGAAAAGCAACAAAGAGACUCAUACGAGCUGCGUUGACUGAUUUGGGUAUGCAGUUUUCUGGAUCAAAAGCUGGAGGUGAUCAAUUCUUCACGGUUGCACCUUUACUGGACCUUGCCACGCAACCUGGUGAGCCCAUACCAACUUCAUCAGCAUCCGCGACAAGCUCGCGCUGGAGUAUCAAGUAUUCAAAUGUCAAGCAGUUCUGCCGGAUCAAGUACCAAUUACGACCUGUUGGUAUCGAGUUCUUCGACACAUUCGGUUCUACCUAUUUCCUCCAACUGGAGACGUCUGCGGAUCGAGAAGAAGUUGUUAAACUUCUCUUUCAAAUGCCAAUGGUGAACAGUAUUUUCUGGAGUCCUGUUCUUCGUACAGGAGCGCUAGUCCCAUCGGGCAAGCGAAUACGCCAAACAGUCACAAAGCGAUGGUUACGCGGGUCUAUGACGAACUUUGAGUACCUCAUUCACUUGAACACAUUGGCCGGACGCAGCUUUAAUGACAUCACGCAGUAUCCGGUGUUUCCGUGGGUAAUCGCCGAUUAUAAGAGUGAAUUUCUCAAUCUGGACACAAGUGAAACAUAUCGAGACUUAUCCAAACCGAUGGGGGCGAUCAGUGCGAAUCGAGCAGCUCAGUUCUGUGAGCGGUUCGCAUCAAUGGGCCAAGAUAUGGAUACAGGGACACCGGCAUUUCAUUAUGGCACGCACUAUUCGUGCUCUGCGUACGUGAUCAACUACCUCAUUCGCUUGGAACCUUUCACGGCUCUGGCUUUAGAGUUACAGGGAGGUGUCUUUGAUCAUCCAGACCGACUAUUUCGCAGUAUCCCGUCGUCCUGGACUUCAGCUUCCAGAGACAAUUUACAGGACGUACGCGAGCUUAUUCCAGAGUUUUUCUACCUGCCAGAAUUCCUCUACAAUGCCAACAACUGCGUGUUCGGUACUACGCAAAGUGGAGAGGAGGUAUGGCAUGUCAUUCUACCGACAUGGGCUCAUGGCGAUCCUCGAGAGUUCGUGCGAUUGAAUCGACGGGCACUGGAGUCCAAGUACGUCUCAGAGCAUCUUCACGAGUGGAUUGACCUCGUGUUCGGAGCCAAGCAGACUGGCCAAGCUGCGGUGAAUGCUCAGAAUGUGUUCAUGAACUUCACUUACGAAGGAACAGUGGACAUUGAACAGAUCACAGACCCCGUUAUGCGAGCAGCUACACUGGCACAAAUCGAGAAUUUCGGACAAACGCCCUCGCGUCUUUUUUCGAGUCCACACCCUCAACGCAAAGUGCCAACACUGAUACCCACAUCAGCUACUGAAGCAUCAUCAAUGAACUCUUCUGCGGGACACCAGUACGACGGAAUGACACUGAGUACUAUCGAGUCUUACGUCAAGUGGCAUACGCCAUUAGCCCCUGCGCUUGUUGCGAUCGGGAAGGAUUAUGUGUUUAUGAAGAAACACUCUGCUAUUUCAGUGCAAGUGAAUGGAACAGCGAUCGGAGAUGUCAAGUUCGUGCACGACAAGAUGCAGUGCCAAGGUGUGGGGUGCUCCUUUAUGCCACCACGCUAUGCGAAGUAUUUGGAUUGGGGGAAUAACAGCGGCGUCAUGAAGCUUCGAGUGCACCAGCAACACCCAGGUAGCGGUCGAUACCGAGAAGCUAACAAAAUUCUCGCCGUUGUUGAAGGAGCACAUCAUGGCGGUAUUAACUCCGCGUCAGUAUCAGAUGACGGUGCACUUUUGGUCACGGGAGGAGAAGAUGCGGUCGUUAAUCUGAUUGAAUGCUCCAAAGACUCGGACGGACGCCGUGUGUUUAAACAGGCAGCGAAGUUCGUUGGCCACAAUGACGCUGUCGUCUGCGUUGCCAUCAACAAGGAGUUCAACUUAAUCGCAAGCUCCUCGGCGGAUCGAAGUGUGUUGCUAUGGGACUUGCGAACAAGAGCGCUACUGCAGGAAUUAGCUGGACACGCAGCGACGGUCUCCCAUGUCUCAAUCAACAGUGCGAAUGGUAAUGUACUAACCACAACGAGCUCGGAAAUACGGCUGUGGAGUAUCAACGGGGAUCUUCUCGCAGCAUCAAGUUCCUCAACAUUCGGUCUUCAAGCAAUUUCAUGUGCGAUCUCGACGCGUUGUGAUUUGUGGCAAAGUGGGGUGAUCGCUGUCACUGGCCAUGUGAACGGAGCAAUCGCGUUGUGGGGGAUACGCUACCCAGCGGAUUUGGAGCGACAAAAAAAGGAGAAUUUGGAUGCAGAAGACGCAGCCAAUUCGGAGGAGUCUCCGCGUUUCUGCAGCUCACCGAGCAACUACAAGCGGAUGGGUGCUGUCAACAUGCCGGUAUCGAUUCUAAAUCAAAGAGUCUCGUCAAGUUCGUGCACACACGUGAUACCCUCAUGCCAACUUUUCAUUCUUAAACUUCUACUUAAUCAUCGAGCGAAGGUGACGGCACUUACUCUCGGCCCCGAGCAACGACAAUUAUUUUCUGGAGAUGCCGAAGGCAACUGCAUUCGUUGGAUGGACGAUAGCGUCAGCACACAUAUCCACUAA